UUAGUGUUUUACAGGAGGAGCUCCUCGAUCAGGACCACAUGGUCUGAGCUCUACAACAGCUGGUGGAAGGAAAGGACUGAAGGGGUCUGCGGAAGUAACGCCUUGACUCUUUGGCUUCGUCUCUGCUGGUUGCAGGUGACUGUAUCUGCUUCCAGGCGUAAACCCGAGUGGUAAAAUAAGAUAAAUCGACUCUCGGCUUCCGUAAGCUACCAAAACAACAUUUUGCUAGCUUGUUAGCUGCUGAUAGUGAUUACAAAAUGAACGGUCAGCUGAACGGGUUUCAUCACGAAUUGCUCCACGAAGAAGAUUGCUUCCUCUUUACCUCCGAGUCAGUCGGAGAAGGACACCCUGAUAAGAUUUGUGACCAGAUCAGUGAUGCCGUGCUGGACGCACACCUCAAACAGGACCCUGAUGCCAAAGUAGCAUGUGAGACCGUAGCUAAGACGGGGAUGAUCCUGCUCGCGGGGGAGAUCACCUCCAGAGCCAGCGUUGACUAUCAGAAGGUUGUCAGGGAUACGGUCAAGGACAUCGGCUACGACGACUCCUCUAAAGGUUUCGACUACAAGACCUGCAACGUGCUGGUGGCUCUGGAGCAGCAGUCUCCCGACAUCGCUCAGGGGGUUUACCUGGACCGUAAGGAGGAGGACGUCGGAGCGGGAGACCAGGGUCUCAUGUUUGGAUACGCUACUGAUGAGACGGAUGAGUGCAUGCCCCUCACAAUGGUUUUGGCUCACAAGCUGAACGCCAAGAUGGCCGAGCUGCGUCGAGAUGGGACACUGCCGUGGGUCCGACCCGAUUCUAAAACUCAGGUGACUGUUCAGUACAGGCAGGACAGAGGUGCCGUGGUGCCGCUGCGAGUCCACACCGUCGUGAUUUCUGUGCAGCACGACGAGGGUGUGAGUCUGGAGGAGAUGCGCCGGAGUCUGAAGGAGCAGGUGGUGAAAGCUGUGGUUCCUGCCGGGUACCUGGAUGAUGACACCAUUUAUCACCUGCAGCCCAGUGGGCGAUUUGUCAUCGGAGGUCCACAGAGUGAUGCCGGUUUGACUGGGCGGAAGAUCAUUGUGGACACCUACGGGGGCUGGGGAGCCCAUGGAGGCGGGGCUUUUUCUGGAAAAGAUUACACAAAAGUGGACCGCUCUGCCGCCUACGCUGCUCGGUGGGUCGCCAAGUCUCUUGUAAAAGCUGGACUCUGCAGACGUGUCCUGGUCCAGGUCUCCUAUGCCAUUGGAGUGUCCCACCCUCUCUCUGUUUCCAUCUUCCACUAUGGGACGUCUCAAAAGAGUGAAAAAGAGCUGCUGGACAUCGUGGGGAAGAACUUUGACCUCCGUCCAGGAGUCAUCGUGAGGGAUCUGGACCUGAAGAAGCCCAUCUACCAGCGCACUGCGACCUACGGUCACUUUGGUCGGGACGUCUUCUCUUGGGAGGUCCCCAAGAAGCUGAAAUUUUGAGCCCUGCUUUCUGCUCUGGUUUCCCCUCAGACACACCUGAGUGGUUUUCCUUUCCUCUUCCUCCCCUUUCUCUCCUCAGAUGUAGCGACAUUACUGUCUCCUCAGCCACGCACACACACACGCACACAUACAUAUGAAGUUCCUCCAAAAAGCAAAGCAAAAAUUAGUAACUUACUGUGUCCUGCGGAUUUGUACGGAUAAAAUCUCUAUUUAAAUUUUAUUUAUGAGGCCUUUUGCACACAUAACUUGUUCCUUAACUUUAAAAUGUGUUUUCCGUUGCCGUCUUUUCUCUCGUUAAUGUCCUCUUCUAGUCAUGCCGGUGAAAACAGCACUCCUCUGUGGUAGACAUGUGGAAGACACGCGAUGGGACUAAUUUACCGAUCUGAUCUUGGUGCGGUCCCUUCAGGACGGGUUGUAUUUUCUGACGUUUUACAGAGAAGUCAGAAGCUGCUAAUGACUGGUUUUGUUUGGACUGCACCAUGAAUCCUGUGUUUUUUAUACUAUGCAUGUUGGAUGCUUAAAUGUCACAUGGAAGAUGCAGGUGAAUGUGUCCAUGUUCUGCUGACCAAGAGUCUGGGUUUAGUGGACUGGAGCUGCCUUUAUCACAUUGUUACAUCAGUUAUUGAUUAUUUAAGUCGGUGUUUGAUUGUCCAGGGACCUAUUCGUUUGACCAGUAAAGAGUAAAGUUUCUGCAUGUCGGGGCUUUUUGCAUUAUUAUUAUUGCUACUGCUGGAUUAUAGAAUGGGAACGUGUGUCGGAGGAUGAAGAGCAGGGUCACAUAUAUGAAGAAGAUGCACAGUCGGUGUAGUGAAUGUAUCUUAAAGUUACUAAACUCGCUGUCAAAUGAUUUUUGUGCUUUAGACCAGAUUUGUUGAAGGUGUUCCUCAGGUUUUGCCACCAUCUUGUCUUUUUAAAACUAAAUUUGUAGGUAAGUAUGAUAAAGUGUCCAGAUGUGUUACCCAGAGGCUUUGGAGGGAUUUAAAGACGGCACAAUCUCUAAAUGACCCCCAGUUCAUUUCCACAUGGAAUACAAGAAAAUGCCAAAAAUAUUUACAUUCAAAUCACCUGAUAGCAUUAUUCUCUGCCACGCCACUAGGUGGCGCUGCUCUCGCAUAAAACAUUGUAAAACUGGCUGGUUUAGGGUGUUGGUUUGAUUUCCUUCCCCUCAAGCUACAUGGAGCUUUAGACUCCUCGCACCCGCGUCUGUAGAAUUAUUUACAUUUAACCGUUUUCUCCUGUUUUAGUACGUUUGCUUCUGCCCCUCCACGCUGCUGCAGACCACUGAGUGGUUGGUGUUGUACAGAGAAACCAGCCUGUUUACAUGGUCUCAAGUGGGGAAAUAUUCAAAGUGAGUUAGCAAAAUGUAUAAAUAUAAAUGUGCCUUUUCCUAUUCAGCUCAAAUGACCCACACACACAUAGAAACGUAGUAUUUUUUCCUGUAACUGCCCCCUGCUGUGAUCACAGAUGUCUGAUCUCAUUUUCUAGGUGUUUCUGUUAAACUGAUGAAUAAACUGCUCCUUCGUGCUCGUG